GUUCAUAAUUAAUAAAACAUCUACUAAAGUCUCUUUUUUUAGGUCUGUAGACAAAUUUUAAAGAAUUACAAUUUUCUUUUGAUCAUUGAUUCAGUGACAUACAUAUUUCACAUAAGACACUCAUUUGUCACCAUCUUUUGGCAUCACCAGAAAUGGUGACUGAAUCAUUAAAUGUAUCUGAACAAAUUAUUUGUGAACGUAGUCAAAACACUCGAGCCACUUGGACACAUUUAAAUCCCACAAUGCACAAGCACAGAGUAAAAAAUAAAAUUGUGCACAUGCACAAUUGUCAUUAAUGUAAUUUAUAAAAUAAUUUAUUCAGGACCAGCUUGUGCUCAGUCUUUUAUUGUCAUGUGUGAAACAGAAGCAAGUGCUCCACAAGAUGCCCUUUAUUUUUGCAGCAAAUUUUGCAAAAUGUUGCAAUCAUUUUGCAGUAAUUGAAUCUUUAAAAUACUACAAAUAUUAAAUAAUACAUAUAUAUUAAUAUAUGCUGUAAUAUAUUAAUAUUGCACUGUAAGUGUUGGGUCUGUGCGAGCCACUUACUGACAGCUGUCGUAACGCCCCAACUCCAUACAAACACACACACACUUUUAAAAUGACUGCUACGCCCCUGGCUGGUACCAUGCCCUACCAUUUGAGCUACAGGAAUAGUAAGCUUGUAGAAGCUUGGGCCAAAUGGUCUGUGUUUCAAGAAAUUAAGGAACUCCCAAAAUGUCAGUACAGGGUAGCUGGAAAGUAUAAGGAGAGAGUUAACCUGUGUGAAUCAGGGUGGCCCUCUGUCUUCAUCUGACAGUGGGUGGUGGUGGAAGCGUGGGGAGUGUCAGAGGGAGUCUAGAUGUUUUCUUUCCGUGCUAGUUCCCACCCCCUGCGAGUGCAUUGUGAGUGUUCAGAGUCAGGUAACAGAAGCCUCACUUCCUCUACGGGUGUGGAGGAGAGAGCAGGAUGGGGAGAGUGUGCUUGUGCUGAGGAUGGAGAAGAAAGUGUGUGUGAUCCAGACUGACUUCCACCAGUACCGUCCUAUCAUCGCCAUCCACAACAAGCCACUGGCGCACGUUAAUCCACUGCAACCCGGUUCACAGGCAGGGAUGAGGGAAAGAGAGGAGCUGAAGAAAGCCAUCGAGCAGACGGACCGGCUACUGACCCGUGUCCAACAGCUGGAGGGGGAGAACUUAGAGCUGUGCAAGGAAAAAAACGAUGUUUUCAUCAGGAUGCGUGCUGAGCAGGAGAGCCUCCAGCAGGCUGAGCAGCGCUGCAUGCAGCUGGCCCAGGCAAGGCGGGAGCUUGAAGCCCAGGUAACAGGGCUGGAGGAGCGUCUGGAAGAGGAGGAGGAGGCCGCCGCUCAGUUGGCCUCCCAGCGUCAGAGGCUAGAAGUUGAGUGCUUCAGUCUGCGCCGAGAUCUGGAGGAGCUGGAGAACACACUGACAUCAGUGGAGAAGGACAAGCAGUCAUCAGACUCUGCUGUGAGGAAGCUCUCCGAGGAACUCGCCCAGAAAAAAGAACUGGUACAGAAGCUACAGAAGGAAAAGGAGCACCUGGUGGAGCUGAGCCAGCAAGCCAUUGAGGACUUGCAGUGCGAGGAAGAAAAGGUGAACCUCCUGACCAAAGAGAAAGCCAAGCUAAAGCUGCAGGCAGAGGAUCUGGAGUAUCUGCUGGAGCAGGAGAAGAAACAAAGGACGGAUUUGGAGAAGAGCAGGAGGAAGUUGGAGGGAGACAGUAAGAACACCAUGGACAACCUGACUGAGAUGGGCAAGAUGAGGGCCAGUCUGGAGGAGAUGAUCAAGAGGAAAGAUGUGGAGAUAAGCACCACCAGCAGUCGACUGGAGGCUGAGGAAACAUUGAACGCAGGACUGCAGAGGAAGAAUAAGGAGUUCCAGGUCCGUAUUGAGGAACUGGAGGAAGAACUGGAGGCCGAGAGAGGCUUACGGGCCAAGGUGGAGAAGCAGCGAGCUGACUUGACCCGUGAACUGGAUGACCUGACUGACAAACUGGAGGAAGCAGGGGGAGCCACAGCCUCUCAGAUGGAGAUGAAUAAGAAGCGUGAGGCAGAGCUGCAGAGGCUCAGGAGAGAGCUGGAGGAGUCAUCAGUCCAAGCAGAAGCGGUGACAGCAGCGCUGAGGAAACGUCACAGUGAUGCACUGACAGAGCUGGGAGAGCAGUGCGAGGGCCUGCAGAGAACUCGAGCAAAACUGGAGAAAGAGAAGCAGAGCCUCAGUCUAGAGGUGGAUGACCUGGCAGCUUCGCUCGACACCCUGCAGAAAGCCAAGGCAUCUACUGACACGCAGUUGAAGAAACUAGAGGACUUACUCUCUGAGGCCAACUUCAGGAAUGAAGACCUGCAGAAAGCUCUAAAUGAGGUCACUGCGGCAAAGAACAGACUCACAGCUGAAAAUAAUGAGCUCACGAGGCAGAUGGAAGAGGCGGAGAGCAAGGGCAGUCACCUGAGCCGAUCAAAAACUCUACUGAUGGCCCAACACGAGGAACUCAAGAAACAGUUUGAUGAAGAGGUCAAGUCUAAAGCGACCUUGAGCAGCAGUAUGACAGCAGUGCGACAGGAGUGUGAAAUGUUGAAGGAGCAACUGGAAGAGGAGCAGGAGAGUAAACAAGAACUGCAGCGUCUUGUCUCCAAACUCAACAGCGACGUCACACACUGGAGAAGCCGCCAUGAGGCUGAUGCCAUCCAGCACAGUGAUGAACUGGAAGAAGCAAAGAAGAAGCUGACUGCUCGACUGCAGGAGGCCGAGGAGGCAGUGGAGGCUACCCAGGCCAAAUGCUCCAGUCUAGAGAAAACCAAGCAGAGACUGCAGGGAGAGGUGGAGGAACUUUGUGUGGAUCUGGAGAAGGCGAAUAAUGUUGCAGCAGUGCUGGAUAAGAAGCAAAGGAUGCUAGACAAGCAGUUGAGUGAUUGGAGGCAGAAGUGCGAGGAGCUUGUGGCAGAAGUGGAGAGCUGUCAAAAAGAGAGCAGACAGCAUGCCACCGAGCUCUUCAAGCUCAAAACAACCUACGAGGAGGCGAUGGAGCAGGGCGAGGCUUUGCGCAGGGAGAACAAGGCCUUCCAGGAGGAGAUUGCUGAUCUUACAGACCAACUUUCAGAUGGGGGGAAGAGUGUCCAUGAGUUACAGAAAAUGAAGAAGAAAAUCGAGAUGGAGAGAGAAGAACUGCAGGCAUCGCUGGAAGAGUCUGAGGCUGCAUUAGAGGCUGAGGAGAUGAAGGUUUUGCGUCUUCAGCUAGAGCUGUCUCAGGCUAAAGCAGACAUAGAGCGCAGACUACAGGAGAAAGAAGAGGAAUUUGAGGCUGCCAGAAAGAGCCACCAGAGGGCACUUGAGUCCCUGCAGGCCAGUCUGGAUGUGGAGGUGAAGGCUCGUACUGAAGCAGCCCGUCUGAAGAAGAAGAUGGAGAGCGAUCUUAACGAGCUGGAAGUGCAGGUGGACCAACUGAACAAGAGCAAUGGCGAGCUAAUGAAGUCUGUGAAGAAGAUGCAGCAACAAAUCAAGGACCUGCAGGUACAGCUGGAGGAGGAGGCACAUGUGCAGGAGGAGCUGAGAGAGGAGCAAACACUUCUUGAGCGCCGCUGCACCCUGCUGGUCACUGAGGGAGAGGAGAGUCGUGCUUCACUGGAGGCAGCAGAGAGAAGUCGCAAGGCCCUGGAGACAGAGCUGCAAGAGACCUCAGAGAAAUACAAUGAGCUUGAUAACCAGUUACAGUCUGUAUCCAGUGGAAAAAGGAAACUAGAAGUAGAUCUCCAGCAGCUCACACAGGAGCAUGAGGAACUGCAAAGUGAAUUGAGAGCAGCCAAUGACAAAGCCAAGAAAGCUGCCUGUGAGACAGCACGCGUGACAGAGGAGCUGCGAGUGGAGCAGGAGCACACCAUGCACCAAGAGCGAGUCAAGAAAGGACUGGAGGCUCAGAUAAAGGACAUGACCACCAGAUUGGAUGAAGCUGAGCAGCUGGGCAUGAAAGGAGGCAAGAAGAUCAUUCAGAAGCUGGAGGGCAGGGUGAAAGAGCUGGAGCUGGACUUGGACACAGAGCAGAAAAGACAUGCUGAGACGGUUAAGACCCUGCGGAAGAAUGAGCGGCGUCUGAAGGAGCUUCUCUUCCAGUCUGAGGAGGACCAGAAGAACCAGCAGAGGAUGCAGGAUCUAGUGGAGAGACUCCAGGUUAAGAUGAAAGCUUACAAGAGACAAGUGGAGGAGGCGGAGGAGCAGGCUAAUGUGAACCUGGCCAAGUACAGGAAGACUGUUCACGAGCUGGAUGACGCAGAGGAGCGUGCUGAUAUAGCCGAGUCUGCUCUAACCAAAAUCAGGACAAAGAACAGGGGCAGCUUUGGCAAAGGCUACUCAUCAGGAUACAGCACUCCCUAUCCAGGGCUCAUAAGAUCACCCAGUUCUGUAGGGUCAGAGGGCAGAGGUGAGAAGAUCAUUACAGACGAUGAAGAGUCUGUCAGCUCUCUCAUUCCAACAUAUUUGAAUUCAAUCAAGAAACUAAUGAUAGAUUAGAAUCAUAAAAGAUUUGUCAAUCUUCUGGAAUUCAAAACGGAGACCCUAUUUUAGACCGUUUUCUUGUGAAAAAAAAAUUAAAAAAAAUAAAUCAUAAACAUAUAAAUCCUUUUAUCUGUAUUAGUAUCUAUGUUCGGUAUUACAUUUUCUAUUGCCAGUGUGACUUUAAUAUUUGUAUUAUUCAUCAAGAAAUGCGUAUAACUGUAAUGUUGCCAUAAUAUUCUUUAUUAUACUCUUAUGCUAGUUUUAUAUUGUAAGGAUUGAAUGUUUCAUUGAUUUUGUAAGCAAGACCACAAGAGAUAUAACAGUUAUCGAAAUGGUGACCAGCUUCAGUUAUGCACACAACAACAAAUGUAAUAUUUACAAUCUUCUGUCACAAAUUCACAUACACUUUGAAAUUAAAUAAACACAGCCUCACCAAUAUCUAGAAAUAACAUGUCAAAUAAUUAGAAAUGCAUUGAUAAUGAAUAUAAUGUGUAAUUUCCUUGCUCAAAUGUAAUGUUUGCAUUAGUUUUGUAUUUAUUGAGAUACCAACUAAUGACAACUACAUAAAUAGUGCAAUCAAAUCCGAUUCAGUUAAACAUUAAAUUUAAUAGCAUUUUUAUUGCAGAAAACAUAAUAAAUGGAUGUAUUUACCAGUUAUUCUUCAUUAACUUUUUUUUUUACUGAAUCAGUACUUAAGAUGAACUCUUUGCAAAUGACAGUUAUAAAAAAAAUCUAAUAAACAAUUAAAUCCAGUUAAAAGACCUUGAAGACAAUAAAAAAGGUGUUACUUGAUUUGAUAUAAAAAUAAGCACUGUGCAGAAUAAUUUCAAUAUAUUAUCUGUACCUCUUUCACUAUACACAAUUUGCCAGUGUUAAGCAGAUGCUUUUGUCCUGUCCUUCAGUAAAUCCUUUGGGGAAAACAAAACUGGACUCAUAUAAUAACAUAAACAGUUUGAGAAUACUGUACAUUAAAAAAAAAAAAAAAAAAAAAAAAGAAUAAAAAAAAUCCCCAAACAAUAAAAAAAAAA